AUGGCUGUCCUUGCGGUAAUCGUGGUAGGGCUGGUCAUCUACUGGGCCAUCCAGAGCAUUUACCGACUCUAUUUCCACCCGCUGAGCCAUAUUCCCGGACCAAAACUGGCUGCGAUCACCCAUGGCUACGAAUUCUACCACAACAUCAUCAGGGGUGGUCUCUUCAUCUGGGAACUCGAACGAUUGCACCAAGUAUACGGACCGAUCAUUCGCAUAAACCCGCGGGAGGUCCACAUCAAGGACCCCGACUACUACGAUGAGAUCUACGCCUCCAGCCUUCGCAAGCGCGAGAAGGACCCCGUGCUAGUCAAACAGUUCGAUCUCGGAGGCUCCAGCUUCUCCAGCAUCGACCCAGAGUCUCACCGGCAGCGGCGCGCACCCGUCGAGAAAUACUUUUCGAAGCGGGCCAUCGAAAAAAUGGAGGCGCUAAUCCAUGAAAGCCUCGACAGACUCGUCUACCACUUCAAGGAAGCCCAUGCCUCGCAUCAGGUGGUCAGUCUGGACGCGGGAUUCGCAGCCUUGACCUCCGAUGUUAUCCACAAGUACGUGUACGGGUUCAACCCGGCUAACGUCGACAAGGAGGGGUUCAACGCCAAGGUCAGAGACGGAAUCAACGGGCUCUUCCAGCAAGCGCACCUCCUGUACUUUUUCCCCAUCCUGCAAACCAUCAUGAACUUGACGCCGCUGGAGGUUUUGCGCAAGUACAACCCCCCCGCGUUUGCUCUCGCCAGUCAGAAGAAGGAUUUGUACAAUCGGGCCGCGGCCGCGCUGGGAAAUAUGCCUUCGCGUUCCAAGGACAGUGAUAGCGGGACUGUGAUUGAUGCUCUUGCGGCGCCGACGAUGCCGGCACACAUGCGCAAGCCGGAACGGCUGAUGAACGAAGGAUUUUCCCUGGUGAUUGGUGGCACAGAGACAACGGCUCGUUCGCUUGCGCUCGGCGUGUGGCAUGCGUAUAGCAGGGAAGAUAUUCGGAACAAGCUCAGGGAGGAAUUGAAGCAGGCGAUGCCUACCGCAGAUUCGAGACCGACCUGGAACCAACUUGAACAGUUACCUUAUUUGUCCGGCGUGAUUGCUGAAUCCCUGCGUCUCUCUACUGGUAUCGCGAGCCGGUCUGCAAGAGUCGCGCCUACAGAGGCGUUGGUAUACAAGGGCUACACUAUACCACCUGGGACCCCCGUCAGCGAAACACACUACUUCAUCCUCAUGGACCCCGCAAUCUUCCCCGACCCGCACGAAUUCGACCCGGAAAGAUGGAUGCGUCCGCUGCAAAGGGACAACGGCUCGACCGGUACCUGUCUGGCGUAUGCGGAGCUCUUCCUGGUUAUCGCGACGUUGGUGCGCCGGUUUGAUAUGGAGUUGUAUGAAACGCCCGAGAAGAAUAUUGAAUUUGCUCGGGAUUUUGGCACCCCGUAUCCUGAGAAGGGGAACUUGAGCGUACGGGCGAUUAUUACGGGUGUCAUCGAGGAGUGA